UAAAAUAAAUAAUAAUUCUAAAUUUUUUUAAUAAGACGAAUGAUCAAAUAGUGUAAGCAAAAUGUUAAAAUCCUUUAUAUUAAGGGACGGAGGGAGUACAAGAUGACUGCAACCCUUUUUCUUUUACGAAAGUUUCAUUAAGCUAUUUAGGCGAAUAAAAACGUCUUUUAUGAAACUUUCAUUAAACUAUUUUAGACGAGUCUAUAUAAACGGGUGUGAACUUUCAAAAUUAGGCAAAGGCUGUGUUUAGAUCCAAAGUUUGGAUCCAAACUUCAGUCAUUUUUCAUCACAUCAAUCUAUCAUACACACACAACUUUUCAGUCAUAUUAUCUCCAAUUUCAAUAAAAAUUUAAACUUUGCGCUGAACUAAACACAACCAAAUUUAAAGACGCCCAAAACGGGAUGCUGACAGUGAAGCAACUGUCUCUGCGAACCGACGCGUCCAUGGCAACGCGAAACACCUGACCGUUGUUCGGCCAUGGCAAAUCCAAAAAUGGAUUAACCGUCGCCAACCCCACCUCGUCCGUUUAUUCUUCUUCUUGUUUCGGCUUCCGCCUCCGUCCCGCGCGCGCGUGCCCCCGCCCGCGCCGCCAUCUCUCUCCUUCCUCCUGUAUUGUUACGCAAGCCAUCCGAGCCAAGCAGGAGAAGAGGAAGAGGAAGAGGAAGAGGAAGAGCAUGCCCCCCUGCGCGGCAUGGGGAAAAGCUCCGCCGACUUGUCCGCCUCCUCGGAGUCGGCCGUGCUCCUGCACGGCGACCUCGACAUUUGGAUAACCGAGGCCAAGUGCCUCCCCAACAUGGACAUCAUGUCGGAGCGGAUGCGCCGCUUCUUCACCGGCUACGGCGCCUGCGGCUCCUCGUGCGGCGGCACCGGCGACAACGCGCGCCGGGCCGGCGGCGGCGUCAGGCCCAAGAAGAUCAUCACCAGCGACCCCUACGUCUCCGUCUGCCUCGCCGGCGCCACCGUCGCGCAGACGCGGGUCAUCCCCAACUCCGAGAACCCCAGGUGGGAGGAGCGCUUCCGCGUCGAGGUCGCCCACGCCGUCUCCAGGCUCGAGUUCCACGUCAAGGACAACGACGUCUUCGGCGCGCAGCUCAUCGGCGUCGCCUCCCUCCCCGUCGACAGGAUCCUCUCCGGCGCCCCCGCCGAGGGCUGGUUCCCCAUCGACGGCCACUGCAGCAGCAACCCCAUGCGGCCGCCGCCGGAGCUCCGCCUCUCCGUCCAGUACAGGCCCAUCGACGACAACCCCCUCUACAGGGGCGGCGCCGGCGCCGUCCCCAACGCCUACUUCCCUCUCCGCCGAGGUGGCGGCGUCACCCUCUACCAGGACGCCCACGUCGCCGACGGCGGCCUCCCGGCCAUCCAGAUCGCCGGCGGAAGGGCGUACGAGCACGGCCGAUGCUGGGAGGACAUCUGCCACUCCAUCGUGGAGGCGCACCACCUCGUGUACAUGGUCGGAUGGUCCAUCUACCACCCCGUCAAGCUCGUCAGGGAGCCCACCCGGGCGCUCCCCGGCGAGACGCCAUCGACGCUCGGCGAGCUUCUCAAGAAAAGGGCUCGCGAGGGCGUCCGCAUCGUCAUCUUGCUCUGGGACGACAAGACGUCGCAUGACAAGUUCCUUCUCAAAACGGAUGGUGUCAUGCAUACACACGACGAGGAGACCAAAAAGUUUUUCAGGCAUUCAGGUGUUCACUGUGUGCUGGUUCCUCGCUAUGCCAGCACUAAGCUUAGCAUUUUCAAGCAGCAGGUAGUGGGAACUUUAUUUACACAUCAUCAGAAAUGUGUGCUUGUUGAUACACAAGCUACUGGGAACAACCGCAAAAUCACUGCUUUCAUUGGUGGUCUAGACUUGUGCGACGGCAGAUACGAUACACCUGAACAUAGGCUUUUCAAAGAUCUUGAUACCGCUUUCAACAAGGACUUCCAUAAUCCUACAUUUCCUGUUAAUUCAUAUGGACCAAGACAGCCAUGGCAUGAUUUACACUGCAAGAUUGAGGGCCCUGCUGCCUUUGAUAUACUGACAAACUUUGAACAGCGGUGGAGAAAAGCAACCAAAUGGAAGGUCAAUCUUAAGAAAGUUGCAAGUUGGCAUCAUGACACGCUGAUAAAAAUAAACCGGAUGUCCUGGAUUGUUACCCCAGCUGCAGAUGAGGCUAAUGCACAUGUUUGUGAAGAAAAGGACCCAGAAAAUUGGCAUGUGCAGGUGUUCAGGUCAAUUGAUUCAGGUUCUGUAAAGGGGUUCCCAAAAAUUGUUCAGGAGGCAGAGUCUCAGAAUCUUGUCUGUGCAAAGAAUCUAAAGAUCGACAAAAGCAUACACAGUGCAUAUGUCAAAGCAAUCAGGUCUGCGCAGCACUUCAUAUACAUUGAGAACCAGUAUUUCAUUGGGUCAUCGUUCUUAUGGUCCUCACAUAAAAGCGCAGGUGCUGAUAACUUAAUACCUGUGGAGCUGGCCUUGAAGAUUGCAAGCAAGAUCAAGGCAAAUGAGCAGUUCGCGGUGUACAUUGUCCUACCAAUGUGGCCUGAAGGCAUCCCAACCGCGGCACCGAUGCAGCAAAUCCUCUUUUGGCAGAGCCAAACAAUGUCUAUGAUGUACAAGAUCAUAGCGGACGCUCUGCAGAUGCAGGGAUUGGUUGAAGCUCACCCUCAAGAUUAUCUGAAUUUCUACUGCCUCGGCAAGCGCGAGGUCGCCGCCGGUGACAGCAUGUCCCAGACGAGCUUAUGCAAUGACAACUCCACUCUGCGCUCGGCACAGAAGCUCCGGAGAUUCAUGAUCUAUGUGCACUCGAAAGGGAUGGUGGUGGACGACGAGUACGUCAUCAUCGGAUCGGCCAACAUCAACCAGAGGUCCAUGGAAGGCUGCAGGGACACCGAGAUCGCCAUGGGCGCCUACCAGCCACACUACAAGUGGUCUGCUGAUCACGGCCAAGGCCCUCCUCGUGGACAGGUGUACGGGUACAGGAUGUCGCUGUGGGCGGAGCACCUUGGGGCGGUGGAGGAGUGCUUCGGGCGGCCGGAGACGGGGGAGUGCGUGAGGCGGGUGAGGGAGAUGGCGGAGGAGAACUGGAGGGCGUACGUGUCGCCGGAGAUGGAGGAGACGAAGGGGCACCUGAUGUGUUACCCGUUGAAGGUGGACAAGGACGGCCGCGUCCGCUCUCUCCCCGGCCACGACUGCUUCCCCGACGUCGGCGGCAAGGUCCUCGGCACUCAAACCUCGCUCCCCAAUGCCCUCACCACCUAGUACCUGUACCAUAUCCCGCGUGAAUAUGAAUAUGAAUGAAUGCCACUGUUUUGUA